AUGAUUGAAUCCCCAAUUGAAAAUCCGUCCUAUCUAAUAUCCGUCUCUAAAGUUCUGCGCUGUGGAGUCCCGACCACACUAUCAGUCACUAUUCUCACAGAAUAUCCCAUCAAUGUCACAUCUGAACUAAUUCAUGGAAACAACAGUGUGGCUCAGACACAGAGCACCAUCCCAGCAGGCUCUACCAUGCGAUUGGUUCUCCCUCCUGUGUUUUACAGUGAGAUGAGUUAUUGGUAUCCAUACCAGCUGAAUGUUCAGGGCUUUGUUGGAUCCGAUCAAGUAUUCUCCAACUCCACCAUGUUGCUCUUUAGCCCCAAGUGCAUGUCCAUUUUUAUCCAGACCGACAAGAGCAACUACAAGCCUGGGCAGGUGGUGAAAAUUCGGGUUGUGUCUGUAACACCUGAUGGAAAGCCGUACAAUGGCAAGAUAGACAUUUUCAUCAGGGAUCCCAAAGUGAACAUGAUUCGACAGUGGCUUUCUGCGCAAGGUGUUUUAGGAGUUGUUUCAAAAGAACUGAUACUCUCUCAGAACCCACCUCUCGGCCAGUGGAAAAUUGUAGCUGGAAUCAAUGAAGUUGUACAGGAGAGGCAGUUCAAUGUCGACUACUAUGUGCUUCCUAAAUUUGAGGUAAAGCUGGACGUCCCCUCUGUCCUGCAUCAUGAAGACACACUAAUGGGGACGGUCACUGCCAAAUAUCUUUACGGGAAGCCUGUCAGUGGGACAAUGAACAUAUCCUAUCUUUACGGUCUCCACGGCCUAGAUAUACAUCACAAACAGGAAGAAUCUAUUCACGGCUCUGCUGAUAUCACAUUUUAUGUGCCCAACAUCUACAAACGGUCUCUCGAUUACCCAUAUCUAUAUGAUGGAUCCGGGCCAGGUGAAUAUAUCGACAUUACAGUGAACGUCACAGAACAUGCUACAGGAUUAACAUACAACAGCAGCACAAGAGUUACUAUAGUGAGGAAUAAAUAUAACCUAGAAUUUCAGCAGCAUGCACAAAUGAUUAAACCUUCCAUGACCUUUACCGCUCAGUUGAAGUUAUCCACCUAUGAUGACCGCCCCCUGACUGUAGAAGAUCAGAGCAGGAGUGUGCGGCUGGCAGUGACCCAACACAAGUUCAGUCCCUGGACAUGGAGGUGGGAUGAACAGGGAUCCCUGGAGCCACGCAUGCUGAAUACAACACCUGCCUCAAGCUUCUUCGCUCCCAUUUACAAUGUUCCAGUGGAGGAGAUGCAGCUUCCUGUAACUGCUGACGGAGUGAUGACAUUCCAGGUCCACCUCUCAGAAAAUGUUGCCACACUUGAUAUAGAGGCCCAGUUUGAAGACUCAGUGAAACGCCUUCAGCUGUACUGCAGCUAUUCUUCACCCAGUAAAUCCUACAUACAACUUCACAGAGAUAGUGAGCCUCAGGUUGGAGAGCCGCUGUAUUUGACUGUGGAGAGUAAUGUUCACCUGACCAAAUUCUACUACCUUGUGAUGUCCCGUGGUCAAGUGGUGGAUGCUGGAACUUUAGAGUCCCCCUCCUUUAGUUUGAGUACGGAUCACUCCUGGACUCCAUCAGCUUGUGUUCUGGUGUACUACACACUUCCAGAUGGAGAGAUUGUGAAUGAUGCUCUACAAGUGACUUUCAUGCAAGUCCUGAGAAACACUGUAUCUCUGAGCUGGAGUCAGGAGCGGGCUGAACCAGCGGACUCUGUGUCUCUCUCCGUCUUUGUGUCCGAGCCGGGAUCUCUGGUGGGAAUUCUGGUGGUGGACAAAGGAACGCUGGACUCCAAGACAGACAAUGGCAUCACAGAGAAGAUGGUGCUGGAGGAAUUUAUGGCAUACAGCAGCGCGCUGACCCAGACGGAUUUCAGCGGCAUGAAAUUGGGAGAUCCGUACUCUAUAUUCAUGACGUGCGGUGUCACAGUUCUUACGGAUGCCAGACUGAAUCAGGAGACGAAUCAAUUGAUUCCCACUUUCCCAGGGGAGGGACUGUUCCUGACUCAGCAGGAGAAUGGGGGUUUUCCAAACCCCCGAGAGAGAAAACACUUCCCUGAAACAUGGAUCUGGAUGGAUGCUAAUAUGAGUGAUUCCACCUCGGCUUCUUUCCUGUUCACAGUGCCAGACAGCUUGACCUCUUGGGUGGCCUUUGGCAUUGUGAUGUCAGAGAACCUUGGAUUAGGUAUCAGCGCUCCUGUAGAGCUGACCGUGUUCAAGGAUUUCUUCCUCUCUCUAAAUCUCCCGGCAUUUCUAAUCCGUGGAGAACUGCUGCUGCUGGAAGUCAAUUUAUUCAACUAUAUUGAUGUGGAUUUGGAGGCAUUGGUUGUUGUUGCAGAGAGUGAAAUGUUUGAGUUUGUGGCUGCUGACAAUGAAGAAAUGUAUCUGGCUCAUGUGAGGAAAGUCUCCGUGUUGGGUCAGAAUGUUACAUCAAUUUUGUUCCCCAUCAGAGCGACUGCACUGGGAGAGAUACCCAUCUCUGUGAAAGCUACAUCCAUCUACAGCUCAGACUUUGUCUACCAAACGCUUCUUGUCAAGCCAGAAGGAAUGGAGCAGUCGUUCACUCAAACGUUGUUUCUGGAGUAUUUACUGAAGGAGAGAACGCUGUCUAGAGCGAUGGAGUUCAGUUUUCCUGCAGAUGUGGUAUCUGGCAGUCAGAGAGCCACUGUGUAUGCUGUUGGUGACAUUCUGGGCCCAUCCAUGGGCAACCUGGACUCCCUCAUUCAGAUGCCUUAUGGUUGUGGCGAGCAAAACAUGAUCCAUUUUGCUCCAAAUAUUUAUGUUCUCCAGUAUCUGAGGAGCACAGGACAGGCCGAAGAACAGACCAGGAGCAGGGCGAUGAGCUACGUAAUGCAAGCUUAUGAGCGUGAGCUGUCCUAUCAGAGGUUUGAUGGCUCAUUCAGUGCUUUUGGAGACAGUGAUUACUCUGGCAGCACAUGGUUAUCAGCGUUCGUGUUGAGAUGUUUUCUCCAGGCUCAGAGCUUCCUCUCCAUUGACCCAAUGGUUAUGCAGAGGACAGCUGAUUGGCUUGUGACUCAGCAGAAGCCUGACGGGUCGUUCCGAGAGCCGGGUCAGGUCAUCCAUACAGAACUUCAGGGAGGUUUGGAUGGAUCAGUUUCACUCACUGCAUACGUCCUCAUAGCACUUCUAGAGGAUGCUGAAUACAGAAGUACAUAUGAAGGGAGUGUGUCAUCUGCUUUGAGUUUCAUGACAUCUCGACUGGCUCAGGGCGUCUCCAGUAACUACAGUCUAUGUCUGGUCACGUAUGCGCUGUCACUGGCCAACAGCACCGCUGCUCCAUCUGCCCUCACAGAGAUGAUGAACAGAGCGCUGAUUAGGAAUGGAGUGCCAUUUUGGAGCACCGGCCUGUUAGAUUCCUGGCCACCUCGCUCAGCAGACAUCGAGAUUUCUGCUUAUGUACUGUUGUCCUUGCACAGACAGGCAAAAAUGGAUGAAGGUUUCAGUCUGAUGAAGUGGCUGUGCCAACAGAGGAAUCAUCUUGGUGGAUAUGGAUCCACUCAGGAUACAGUAGUGGCGCUUCAGGCUCUGUCGGUGUAUGCCACGUUCAACAGUGCCGAGGACAUGGAUCUCACCAUCACAGUCAACAACCCCACCGGCACAGUGGCCAUAUUCAGCAUAGACAGAUCCAAUUACCUGCUGCACCAGAACCAAGACAUUCAUAUCGUGGCAGAGGACUCGGUUCACAUUCAGGUGGUGGCAGAGGGGAAAGGCUUUGCUCUCUUUCAGCUUACUGUAUUCUACCACGUGAACAACCAGAGAACGUCACUCAGACGUCGCGACGUAUACACAGAUGAUGCAUUUUAUUUGUAUGUAGACGUGUUGGACAAUGACACGUUCCGUGUUAACCUUUACAUUUGUUUCAGCCUGAAGGAGGACCAAGGCCUCUAUCAGACAGGAAUGGCCAUACUGGACGUGGGUUUACUCACUGGCUUCGGCUUGGCCCAAGACGCCAUCCACACAGACGAUGUGGUCAGAAGAAUAGAGACGCCUCUAGGACGAGUUAUACUUUACUUAAACACAGUCACCACAUCUGAAAGGUGCGUUGAAAUACCCACUAUUCUGGACUUCAAGGUGGCCAAUGUUCAGAAUGCAGUGGUUAUGAUCUAUGACUACUAUGAGCCCCGACGAAAGACUGUGCGGUCCUACACAUCAGAGAGAAGAAGGGACAUGUCUGUAUGUUCUCUUUGCGGGUCGGAUUGCUCUCAGUGUGGGUCUCAAGACGUCCCGGUGGAGGAUGGAACACCUUCAUUCAACCGAAAUCAACUUCUGACGCUGUGCGUGACCACAGCACUCCUCAUCCUCCUGUCAAUCUAA